CCCAACUCGCCCAUCCGCUUCAACACCCUCCUCCCUCAUAAUCUCUCGUAUAGAUUGCAAUCAACCUCGCCUUCCCUGCUGUGUUUCCUCCCCACCAAUAGUACCACCAUCCCCACGACUACCACCACUACCACCAGAAGAAGAAGAAGAAGAAGAAGAAGAAGGAACAACAGACAUGGUAACAACCUUCGCCCCAAACCCCAACUCCCCCUCCCCCCCUCCUACCGUCCCCCGCACCACCCUCGCCCAAUACUCAUCCACGCAAUCCGGGGUAACAAACAGCAUCCAGUUCCGUUGGGUUGGGUCUGGGUUUGGGUGGGAGACGUAGAUCCAGGGGGUGGUGAUGGGGGUGGGCGUUGGUGUUGGUGUUGGUGCUUGUUGUUCAGACAUGGUGAUGGUGAUGGUGAUGAGGAUGGUGAAAAACAGGAAUUGACUGGGAUGAUGUAUCACUGCGUCCGGUGAAUGACGACCAGAGACGGACUGGCAUACUAUAUAAACUAGCCUCUCCCUCUCCUGUCUUCUCCGUCUUCUUCCAGCCUCUCAUCCUGUUUGAUAGCUGCGUUUGCUUGCCCUAAGUGGUCAACAAACCGGUGGGUCUGUCUAUGUGCCUCUUAAGGUCAAAUGGAGAGAGAUCUCAUGUCCAAAACAUUACUAUUCCCUCCCCUCUAGUACAAAAUGCAUGAACACGG